CCACGGCUUGGCAGCUUUCGAGAAUCCAGCCGGAGUCUUGAGCGCCGCGGCCGCCCCUGAAGAGGGGCGCCGAGCCCCGGAGCACGGGCUGCGCGGCAAGUGCUCGCCCGGCUCGCGCGCCCCUGGCGGGGGUCCCGACGUCUCGGAUGCGGCAGAGCGGCCAGGGAGUGCCGCGCCGUCGGGGGUCCUUCUCGCCCGGCGCGUUCCUCCCGCGGCGCUCGGCCCGUGCGCCAGCAGCCCCCCGCAGGCGCCGCCACCGCGCCGGCGCCCCGGCUGCCAGCUCUUCCAUGCGGGUGCCCGCCCGGGGCCGGCCAUGAGCCAGACGGAGCUGUCCACCUGCGCGGCUCCCGCCCCGCCGAGCCAGCGCGUCUUCCAGGAGGCGGUGCGCAAAGGCAACACCAAGGAGCUCCAGUCGCUGCUGCAGAACAUGACCAACUGCGAGUUCAACGUCAACUCCUUCGGGCCCGAGGGCCAGACGGCGCUCCACCAGUCGGUUAUCGACGGCAACCUGGAACUGGUCAAGCUGCUGGUCAAGUUCGGCGCGGACAUCCGCCUGGCCAACCGCGACGGCUGGAGCGCCCUCCACAUCGCCGCCUUCGGGGGCCACCAGGACAUCGUCCUCUACCUGAUCACUAAGGCCAAAUAUUCCUCGGGCAGCCGGUGAUGCCCGCCUGCUUGCCCGCCGGAGAAGGGAUGGGGCGGAGGGGUCUGCGGAACUCCAAGAGACCAGGGCUGCGCGCCCGUCGGGCUAUUCCCGCGGAUCCGACGCGCUGCUGGAAGGGCUUCUCUGGCGCACGCUUGGCGCUCGACUCUCUCCGCCGCCUCUUCGGGCCGGGGCCUCUUGACUCUGCCUUGUAAGCCGUGCACAGAUCGUACGCCGGGACUGUUGGCUUCGCCCCCGCCCCUGCGGGCCUCCCCGUCUGGGGGGUGAGUUCUUUUGGCGCCUCCGUGCUAGAAGGCAGGGAUCCAAGGCCGAAGACAGAAGGCGCGGGGACUGUUCAAUGUGGGGGGGCUCUUGUAAGAUCCAAUCCGGUAUGUCUGGUUCCAGCACAAAAAGACAUUAGACGCGCAGGUUUUGUGGGCAUCAGCCAACGGGAGUUGGAGGGUUGGGGGUAAAGAAGGGGAGAGGCUGCCCCCUGGCACAAUCCCGCAGUUCCCCUCUGCCCCCCUCCAGGACUCCUGGGCUGCAAGCUGGACGCCCCUGCCCCAUUGUUGCUGCCUUAAUGUUGUAGAGGGUUGAUUGUUAAGGAAAUUUCAAAGCUGCUUGGAAUCUUUUAAUUAUUAUUAUUAUUUUUGCAAAAGAGAUGUGGGGACUUGCAAAGAUUUAUUGGGGAGCGUUUACUUGCUUUGGGGGGAGGGGAAAGAUUGCUGGUCUCAUGAGGUUUUGUUCUACUGUAAAAAGAAAAAAAUCCCCCCCUCCUUUUUUGUUUUGGUUUUUUCCAUCUACCUCGGUUUUUCCACAGUAUUUGCUUUUUCGGUCCAGGAACUGGUCAGGUGCUUUAAGACGUGUUCCUGCAUACACACACACCUUUCCCCCCUUUGACACUCCCUGGCCCUCUCCCCCCAGUCUUGGUGGCAACUACUUAACAUGCCCUCUUUAAAACGAUCACUAUUGUUGGAUUUUUUUUCCCAGGGAGCGGGUGGGAUUUUUCCAUGGGGAGGGGGGGACACCUUCCAACACUGCUUCACUGUGUAUAUGAAUAUUCUUGAAUUUUGUCUGGUGUCCAAACUGGAAAUCUCCAGAUUUCUUCUGAGACUGUUUAUUUUUCCCAAUUUUCUUUAAUUUUUGCUAUUUUGUCAAAUCACCUUAAAAUUUCUCAAAAACGGAUUUUUUUAAAAUGAUAAAUUUUGUCCAGUCCCUUUCAAAAGUGAAAAGUGGAGGGGGGGUCUUGGAACAUCUGAAUAAAAUGAAAGAACACAAAUGCCCCCUGCUGUCCAGAAGAAGAACUUCAAGGGGGGAGGGAAACUACUGAAAGGACCCAGAAUUUAACUUUUUGAUGCACAAUCCAAUUUCCAGUCCAUUCUACAGAAUGAAAAGGGGAAGAAGAAAAAGGAAACUUGUUUUAAGUGACUUGCCUGUAAUGUCGAUGCUGCUUGGAAUCUCGUGUGGUGCACACACGCAGACCACACUGCAUAUGCCGAGACAUUUGACCGCCUUCUCGCAGUGGCUAUCCCACUGGCAUUUGUUUCUGCAGUUGGUGUCUCUCCUUCCAUCUUUUGUAUGCACUAAAGAUAUAUUUUUUUACCACUGCCAUAUCUUCUGCAUUCCCCUCUCAUCUGCCACUCACCCCUCUCUCUAAAAUAGCCAUUAAAUCUUUGAAAAGAGCGUGGUCCUCUGUGUUUGGGUUGUGUGUUUUUUAACUAUUUAUCUUGUACGAGUGUGUGUGAAUGUGUAAAUAUAUAUAUUUGUGAACCUGGUGGUUUUUUGUUUGAAAGGGUUUUUGAAUGGUUUGGAAAUACAGUUGGGGGAUUUGAAUUAUGCAUUUUUAAAACUAGAAUUGUAAUUUCUAUGAUAAAUUUUCCCCUGUUGCACUGAUCUUUUUUCUUGCUUUUCACUUGCAACGCCCCUCUGUCAUAUCUGAGAUUUCUGUUCGUCUUUCAAUUGUUUCCUGGUUUCAUUUUUUUGAAAUACUGUAAACUUUACAAGGCGUUUUUGUGGACUCGCUAGCGUGGUCGUGGGCACUUCUGGAGACUGCGCCUCUUUUUAGCAUUUUAGGCAGGGGAGAAAUCAUUUUCUGGUUCCUUAUGAUAGUUGCACAUAAUUUUCUUCUUACUAUUAAAUGGAUUUGCCACAAAUGUCAUAACAUUUAUGACAUAUUUUUUAAAAGUAGUUCUUAGAAAUCCAAGAUCUGAGGAGAGGUCCUUUGCAAAUGAUCUUGGUUCAAAACCCAGUUUUCUAAAAGAAGCUCUCCCAGGAGUGUGUUUGUAAAGAUGUUAACACAUAUUUAUAUUUUUGUAAAGAAAAAUAUGAAGACUGUGAAGCCUUUGGGGUGAAAUGAAAUAUGGAAUGAGGCUUGUUUUCCUUUUUCCUUGAGAAAAGGUCCCCCUCCCCCAGCUGCCUGGAGAUUUUUUUUUGUCCUCCAAAAUGAGAAUCGGGUGGGGAAUGUACAAUAUUGCUCUGAAACUGGGCAAGUCUGACUUGGUGGUUUUUGCCUUAAUUGGUCCCCACACCUUCCCAAGCUCCGCUGCCUGACUUAAUGUGAUCUUAAGUAUAUUUACUUGCGUGAAGCUCACUGAGUUCAGUGGCACUACUCACUAGCAAGUGUGCUUUGGAUUGCAGCCUUAGUCCAUAGGGUUUACAUUUUUCUAUGCAACCCCACAAGAGGUGGCUGUAUGUCCAUUUACCGCCCCCACCCCAGGAGAAGGAAUUCUGUUUCCCUACUUAAUUGUUUGGCUUAGAGUGCUGCUGUGACCAUUCGUGCCAAAAUGGAGUGCCUCUGAGUGAAAUAGGUCUCUGUUUUUGCCUUUGCAUGACAGGUCUGUAUUCAGCAGCUUCUUCUCAGAAUAUUUUCCCCAAAAAUAUAUGUGAUGUCGUUGAAAUAAGCAGACAUUGGAAGCUGGUUUAUGGAUUGCUCCAGAGGAGUUUCUUUGUAGGUGUUUUCCCCCACCCUUUCUAGAUGGCAAAUACCUUUUUUAAUUAUGUUAAUUAAUUUGUUAAGAAUGUUAGGCUUAUAUUGAAGCUGUAUGUGGGUCACUGUAUGAUCACUUUUUAACUGGAUAAAGUCUGUACAGAUGGCAUUUUUCCUGACUAUAUGAUAGCAUUGCAUAGCCCCAAGGUGAGAAAUUUAUAAAUAAAUUUUUUCAUUGAUCUUUUUAUAUUAAA